AUACUUUUCCAUAACCCUAACAAACGUAUGUGAAUACUUUGUUUUCAUUUACUUGAUUUUUUUUUAAUUGUUAUGUGUUUUUACAUAAAAUGGAAAAAAUAUGACCUUUAAAAAAUGUAAUCACGCACAUUUUUCUUUAAUAGUUGAACUUUUAAAACCUCAAGUUUUAUUAAUGUCACGCAAAAAAUAAAAGCGCAAGAAUUUUAUAUUUAUACCUAGUUUUGAAAAAAACAAUUAACCCAUAAACUGUGCCAGACAUCUUAAGAUGCUAUAAGUUAGAGUACGCCAGACAUCUUAAGAUGACGCAUGUUCCAAGGUGGAUAUUUAUAUUUCUCGCAAUGCCAAAGUAUAUUCCAAUGAACCUCGUGUGGCAACAUCAUCCCUCUUUCGCACCAUGUUGUCACCAUCAUCAUAUUAGUUGCUCUUUAGCAGUCAUGGAGAGUAGAAGUAUGUCAUCUACUGAUGCUAACCAGCCCCAUAGCUCCUGCGGUCAUGACCGUGGGGGAGGCAUGGGAGGUGGUAAAAAGAAAGUAUAUUGGUAAAGAGAAAGAUUGUAGUAGACAAAUCUGAAAGUGACAGUGAUUCAGAUUGUAUUCAGCCAUCAGAUUCAGCUGAUCUGAGGAAGCAUGGCAAGCGUAAGCAUGUUUCUGGCCCUCAAGGUCACAGAUGCGCUGCCAGGCAGCCUACUCAGCCACUGACACCAAUAAAAUUUUUACCAAUGCUAGUAGACCCUGAUGAAUCACUGUCAUCUCUGUCUGAUGAUCCAGAGUGGCAGAAAGAUGAGGAAAACGACAGUGGGGGUAUAGGAGAAGACUCAGCUAAUGAACUGAGUGAGGGAUGGGUGUCAGCUGGGAUGGGAGAGGAGGGGGAGGCAGAGGGAAAACAGGAACCUCAGAGACGAGAGACAACGCGUACUCCAUUCGUCUGGUCUGAUGGAUCAGACUUUGUGCCAGACAUUCAUAACUUUGACAGAAAUAUUGCUGGUGUGACUAAUGACUGGCCUCUUGAUAAUGAUGCACAAGAGGUUGAUUAUUUUGAAACAUACAUUGAUGACCAGGUAAUGCAGCUUGUUGUGUCACAAACAAACAGCUAUUACAAAUACACUAUGGAGCAUGCUACAUUCACCCCAAAAUCACGGGUUCAUCGCUGGUCAGACACAAACAUAGAAGAAAUGUAUGUUUUUUUUGCUCUGUUACUGCUGAUGCCACAUAUAAAAAAACAUGUGCUGAGUGAUUAUUGGAAAAUUGAUGCCUUGAUUCCUACACCAAUUUUUGGGAAAUUCAUGAAAAGAGACAGAUUCCUUUUAUUGAUAAGGUUUCUACAUUUCCAUGACAAUAAUGAACGUGAUGAAAAUGAUCGUUUGUGGAAGGUUAGAAGAGUAUUUACCAUGAUUACUAAGAAGUACACACAAUUCUUUUAUCCUUUUUGCAAGGUUGUUAUAGAUGAAAGCCUGGUGUUGUUCAAGGGGAGACUUAUAUUCAAGCAGCAUAUACCUUCAAAAAGGCAUAGGUUCGGUAUCAAAUUCUUUAUCCUUUGUGACUGCGAAACAGGGAUAGUUUUAGAUGCAAUAGUGUAUACUGGCACCCCUGUUGACAUUCCACAAGGUGACUCUUUGGGAGUAUCUGAUGCAGUUGUGAAGAAAAUGAUGGAAAGGUACAUGGGUAAGGGACAUAUCCUAUAUACUGAUAACUGGUACACUAGCCCUAGUCUGUGUCAGUAUUUACUAGAAAAUAUGACUGGGUCAUGUGGCACAGUAUGUAAGAACAGGAAACAUAUGCCAAAAUUUGAAGCACGACCUGUUCGUGGUAAUGUGGAACUGCAAAAGAGUGGAAAAGUCCUGGCCAUAAAUUGGCAUGACAAACUUGACAUGACCAUGCUCACCACUGUUCAUCAAGGACACAUGCAGGACACUGACAAGGAAGACCACAGGACACAUGAGAGAAUUAGAAAGCCAGAUGCUGUCAUUGAUUACAACGCGAAUAUGCGCCUAGUCGACAAAAGUGACUGUCAGCUUGCUGGUAUUGAAUGUGUGAGGAAAUGUGUCAAAUGGUACCAUAAGCUAUUCUUUCAUGUUGUUGAUGUUACAAUGCUGAAUGCAUAUAACAUGUACUUAUUCAAGACUGGAAAAAAAACUGAGUUUUCUUACAAUGUAGCCUACCAGCUUUUGGAGAAAUAUGGGACAGUGACAGGUACAGCUCGAGGACGACGUCAGUCACAUGGUCCUGACAGACUCCUGUGUAAGGACUACCUCACCAGACACAAGUUAGAAUAUUUACCAGACACAGAAAAAGGACACAAACAACAGAGUCACGUAUGUACCGCUACAAACAAACGUGAGAGGUCAAGAAAAAUGGUGACUAUGUGCGCAGAAUGUCAAGUACCAAUGUGUGCUGUACCCUGUUUCACUGAGUAUCACACACUGAAAGAAUACUGAAAAGCACAGUGUAAGGUAGACUGUAAAUAGUUUAGGGUAAGGGAAAAUAAAAUAGGUGAUAUGAAAGGUGAAUGUGCUAAAAAAAAUAAUACAAGCAAAUAUUACAGGAAAUUGACAAAGUGAUGUUUCCAGUGAUUUACUUGUUUUCCAGCAGGUUAUUUUUUUGCCAUUUAUUGCCACCCAGGAGCUAUUCCCAAAUCUCAAUUGCGCAGUUUAUGGGUUAAAGUUUAGUUUCCAUUUUUGUGCCCUGAGAUGUUGCAGUGCCACAAACCUGCCCCUAUAUGAAUGCUAUGGAUUCAAUAAUUACUUGUCAAUGCAUGUAUAUAAUGAUAUGGCACUUGGUCCCCCUUAUAAAAGGUCUUAUGGCCGUACCAUAAAUCAACCUCUGACAGUCAAACAUCUUCAGCCAUUUUCUGCCACCAUAAAAAUCCAAUAUUUUUUUCUGGAAGGGAAGGGAAGGUGUUGGGAGGUGAAAUUGUUGGAAUCUGGCAAGGGGUCGGGACAGGCACAUCUUCGUCAGCCCCUUCACAUAUUUUAUGCGUCAAUCUUGUAUUUCUAUCAUUAAUAUAGUAGCAAAUGAUCCAGGAAUUAUAAGAAAAUUUGUUUGAUCUAAUAUGAAUCGGCAAUUUUUUUUAAAUAAAUGAUUUAAAAUUAGGGAUGUACCGAUGUAUCGGUAUUGGUGGUAUCGGCACAUUUUAAGAGUAUAGGUAUCGGUAUCGGCUGAUUUUCUGCCGAUACUACCAAUACUUGAAAAAUAGUUUUGUACGUCGCAUGUCACUCGUUGCAAGUAAUUUUGUUCAAUUAGAAAAGUGUAAUUAUCUAGUAUCAUGGUACUACAUAGUUUGGAAUUUCCUGCAAUUUAAUUUUCAUCACUUUAAACGAUAAGAUUCAUAUUACUUUGAAUACAAGUAUAUAAUACUUAGUAUACAGUAUAGCCUUUGUACCGCGGACGCGUACAAUACAGGUUUAGUAGCUUCAGCGCAGGAUUGGCGGAGCCCCUCCACUCACCUCAUUUGCCAGGCUCAGUCAGUCAGACGGUCGCCCCGCAACAGGGCACACUGCCAGGGCUGCCUAAAUGUAUGGCAAUUGAGGUAAAGCUAAUCUAGCUGAGUCAACUAGACCUCACGAGGUGCCUGCCCCCUCGCCCCUUGUCGAAACUCAUAGGGGUGGGCGUUACAACUUGGGUUAACCAUGCACUGUUGCUUCACUGCGUCAUAUAGGGUUAAUAUGCGCUUCCAUGCUGCAGUGGUCAGCACGUCUGGCUACGAAUCUAUGGACACCAUUUUUCAGGCUAGCACUGAUUACUUUUUUUUUCUUCCCUUCUCUGGUGGAACAAUGAGUAGUUGGUAUUUCUUUUCUUGUUAAUAUUUGAUAUUGCCCUUUAGCUUCUGGAAUUGUUGUAUAAAAGAAAAAUCAGUGCACAGGUAUCGGUAUCGGUAUUGGUUAAAUAUUGGGGUAUCGGUAUCGGUCAGAUAUUUGGGUAUCGGUAUCGGUCAAAUAUUGGGGUAUCGUUAUCGGUCAAAAUUUUGGUAUCGGUACAUCCCUAUUUAAAAUGUUGUUAAAGACUUUAGGGUUUGUAUCAUGAUUUUUUACCCAUUUGCUCUGUCAAUACACAACCUUCCGACUACUGUCCGCCCAUGAACCUGACCUGACCGCUGCCUCUUCUCAUCUCCCCACUGGCAAUUUUACAAAGUGCAGUGUGUUACUCAGUACCCUGCAAUGAUCACGUGUAACUCCACUCUGCUGCAACUCUAUUUAGACUGAAAAAUGUUCAACAACCAGUGGAAUGUUUGGAGGCAGUGGAGGAAAUUUCAAGAGGACCGUCACAGGAUUGCUUUGAACCGGAGCCGGCGCAUUGUACCUGACCGGAUGAAUCCAUUCACUGCGAUGAGUGACACGGAAUUUGUCACUCGUUUUAGGUUGAGGAAAGAAUCAGUUAAUGCCAUUAUACAGGAAAUACAAGUACAACUUCCUGAUUCUGCUGAUAGAAGAGGUUGCCGUGUGCCUCCACACCUUCAAGUCCUGCUUACUAUGGCAGCCAUGGCUAGUGGCAGCCAUCAGAUGGAAGUGGCAGACAGUUAUGAUGUGUCACAGCAACUAAUCAGUAUCGUCCUGGCACGGGUGUCCCGAGCCCUAGCGGGUCUUUCCCGGGAAUAUGUAAAAUUUCCUUCCCCAAAUGCUUUGACUACGGUCAUUGAAGACUUCCAUGGAAUUGCUGGGAUGCCUGGUGUCAUUGGUUGCAUUGACUGCACACACAUAAGGAUUGCCAGACCACCUCGGGAAGACUCUGAAGUUUUCAGGUGUCGGAAAGGAUUUUUUGCAAUAAACACUCAAGCUGUUUGUGGCCCUGACCUAAGUUUCUAUAAUAUUGUGGUGCGAUGGCCAGGCAGUGUCCAUGAUGCUCAAAUUUUUGAAGACAGUCGGGUGUGUAAUGAUUUGCGAGAUGGCCUCCUGCCAGGCCAUCUCUUGGGUGACAGUGGUUAUGGCUGUCGAAGUUAUCUUUUGACACCGCUGGUGGCACCGAACUCCGUACAUGAAGAAAGAUACAAUGCUAGCCAUGCAAGGACAAGGAAUACAAUAGAAAGAGCUUUUGGGGUGCUGAAACUUCGUUUCUCAUACCUUAGAAAUGUCAUAAGAACAGAUCUAGAAACUACCAAAGCAGUUAUUGUUGCUGCAGUAGUCUUGCAUAAUAUUGCAGUACAAACUAGAAUCGACAUGUCAGAUGAGAUUAGGGAUGUAAAUGUUGAUUUACAGGAUGUUCAAAUUAAUGGCAUAGCCAAGAUUGAUGAUGCAGAGCCAGCUGAUGAUGAAGUUCUACUGGGAUGCCUCAAGCGAGACAGAAUUAUCAGAACUCACUUCUGAAAGAUCUCCAACAUAAUCAUGAUUUAAUACAGAGAUGUAACAAUUAACAGGUAAAGAGGACACCAGUAGAAAAUAGGAGGAAAUAAAAAAAAGAUGAAAAUGCAUGGUUAAAACACAUUGAAAAUGAAAAUGCCACUUCUAUUAACCCCUUACCUCGGGCAACACCAACAUCGGCGUCCGAUGGCGUCACUGUAUGGAAAGGGUUAGUCCUCUUCUAAACCUCUUAAUCCUCUUCUAAAUCUCAUAAGAGGAAAUGGAAGAGGAAUUUAGAGGAGGAUUGAGAGGUUUAGAAGAGGAUUAAUGCUCUUCCAUUUCUUCUUGACCCUUUCCAUACUGUGACGCCGAUGUCUGCGUCAUGGAUGGAAAGGGUUAAAAAUGAAAUGUGCCACAUUACAAUCAAGAGAUGCAGUGGAUGAAGGAAUGCCAUGUCUGAUCUCCAAUAGAUGCCUUGGGUGGUGAAUGAGACACAUAACCUUGGUCACUGUGGAAAAUAAGGGGGCUUUGUUAAACUUCUACAAACUAAUAAAGCACAAUCAAUCAAUCAGUGAGGGCAUAUGCCAGGGGCCACGUCGCCUCACCCACCCUACGACGCCAAGUCUCCAGGUGAGUCUCCAUGCAGGCCCCCUUCCCAUCCUGAGUACCUCCUGGCAGGAUCUAUCGACUUGCUCAAGCCACAAACUCCGUGGGCGUCCCCUUGGCCUCCUCCACUCAAGAUUGUCUCUUACAGAGACAACCCAAUGAGCAGGAUCAGCUUCUGGGUAGCGUGCCACAUACAUGUAUAUCCAGAGUUGGCAUUGACGGACUAUGCAGGUAAUAUAUGAGGCGUCCGGAAGUAAAGGGGCAACAUUGCCAAAUCUGGCGUUUUUAGUUAAGUGUACCAUGCAAUAGGCACACGCAUUUUCUAUGAUUUCCAAAAACAGUGCAAGGUAUACUGACCCUUAUAACAAGAGGUGGUGGCUGAGUGGAUAGUGUGAUGUCGCUGCGUCCAGGACGACGCGGGUUCGCCUGGUGACACCAAGCUGGGAUUUUUCAGUCACCGCCGAGUGGCCUAAGACUACCCACAUGCUGUCCAGAAGACCACCUAUCAACCUGGACUCUAGAUUCUAGGAUCAAAGAUCAGCUCUGGGGGACAGCAUAAGCCAAUGCAAGAUAGCAUCACUAUAAACACUUGCCUGCGCCACAACAGGCUGGGGCUGACCAUCAGGCCCUACUACGCAAGCCUAUUGGCGCCACAGGCGAAGAUGUAAAAAAAAGAGAGAGAGAGAGGGAGAAUCGAGGUGUACUAGCAAUAAGUGUGAACAAGAAUUCCUUAUCGUGUAGUGGUUGUCAGAGGUAAAGAGGCGGCAUCGCCAGCAGCAUGAGAAUCAAUGAGGAGCUGGUUUUCUCACGCUUCCCACUGCUUUGCCAAUCAUAGGCCACGCUGCCCACCAAGCAGAGCAUCUGAGUUAAAUAAAGCCCAGGAAGUAAACAUUGUCCUCAGGACUCCUCGCAUUAUUAUAAUUAUAAAAAUUCAUAACAAAUCCGCAUUUUGGUUUAAAAUGAAAUGGUUCAUACUAUAGUUUACAUGAACAACAUAGAUUUUAAAAAUUCACAUACAUUAUGGAUAUUCCAAUUAUCAUAGCCAAUUUCCAAAUUGGGGUAUAAAAAUUUAGCAAUAAAAUUGAUUUAUUUUUCAAUAAAAAAAAAUAUUAUGCAGCUAGGCCAUACAAUUAAAAUGAAUACAAGAAAAAACUUGGUAAGUCAAGACAAAAGUGCAGUACGCAUAGCUAAACUUUGAAUGAGAUUCACUCAAAACUAGGUUUUAGUGAUAUUGCCCCUUUACCUCCUGACACCUCAUAUGUCAAAUCAGUCUCACAGAGUUGUCACCAGUUUGUCACAAAGUCAUUCCAGCAAUAUCCCAUGAUUCUGUGCAGACAUUUGUUACCAAAGGCAUCAAUCCGCCUCUCCGAGUCCCCCCCCCCUUUUUUUUUUUACGUUUUUGCCUAUGGCGCCGGUAGACUUUGAUGGAUGGUAGGGCCUAAUGGUCAGCCCCACCCCGUUGUGGCGCAGGCAAGUGUUUUAUAGUGACACCAUGUUGCAGUGGCUCAUGCUGCCCCCCGAAGCUUCUUUGAUCCUAGAAUCUAGAGUCCGGGUUGAUUGGUGGUCUUCUGGACAGCAUGUGGGUAGUCUUAGGCAGUGGUGGGCACCGCUAACCAAAAAGUUAGCUUUGCUAACUGGUAAUCCACUAACUAAAAAGUUAGCUUCGCUUACGCUAAAUAGCUAAACUGAUAAAGAAAUUAGUGGAAGCUGACGCUAAUCGCUAACUUUUUUAUAUGGAUUUAUCUUCGAUUUAAUAUUUUGACUCUAAAACCGUUAGAAACAGACCUAGUGACCUGAAAUUUCAAUAUGUUGAGCUUAGACAUAGAGCUUUCCAGAAAGGUAUAGCAUGCUAAAAUCAGAUGAUGAUAAAGGUGUACACAAAUAAACAAAACAAACAAACAAGCAACAAGAAGAGAAAGAAGCCUCCAGUUUAUCCUAAAGCCAUAUGUUUUACCUAAGAUUUCCUGCAAAUUUAUGCAUUUUUUUACUUUUUUCCAUUACUGACACUUUUAUUUUUAUUAUUUUGUUUAUUUCUUGUCAGGUGGAAAUGGGAGAUGCAUUACCCUAAAAUACCAAAAAGUUUCCCUAAUAAUUGUCCAAUUACCCUACUUUAAGGCAUAAUUUUCCCAAAAGUGGAAGCCCUGGAAUUGUUGCGGCAUGUUUCUCAACUGGUGCUGUGUCUGCCUACAAUGGACAAGAACAAACCUGUAUGAAAUUUUUAAUGGGCUUAAAGUUAGCAGAGGAGGAACUAUAUUUAGCGGAACCUUAUUGGUCUGCUAACUAUUUCCAAAGUUAGCGAAAACACUAAUCAGCCUACGAAAAUGUUAGCUUCGCCAAUUAACAGUUAGCGGAUUAGCAGAACCGUGCCCACCACUGGUCUUAGGCCACUCGGCGGUGACUGAAAAAUCCCAGCUUGUGGCACCGGGUGGGGCGUGAACCCACGUCAUCCUGGAUGCGGGGCUGUCACGCUAUCCACUCAGCCACCGCCUACCCAAUACACAAUAUACAGUCAAUAAUUUCAGUUUAGUGUCCAUGUCUCUCAACCAUAAAGUAAGGCAGGAAGCACAAGGGACUGGAAGAUCCAGAUCUUUGUCCUUCUGCACAGGUAUCGACAAUGCCAUAUACUCAUGCUGAGCAAACCCAUAACACCGUGGGCCAAGCCAAUCUGCUGUAAAACUCCCUGGCAAGACUCACUGUUGUUCUGAACUACGUUACCAAGUUAUGUGAAAUUUUUCGCAAACAACGUAAAAAACUUACUACAGUCAUCCCUCAAAUAGUACGGUUUCCAAUAGUACAGUUUCGGUUUUAUAUGGAUUGUCACGGAAGAAUUUUCUAUGGAUUUUUAAAUUUCCCGCUCGUCGCACCAAGUAGCCAUGGUGUGAGUGGCAACAGUUCUAUCAAAACACCUGCUGAAAGCACCCCAAAGCAUUCAAGAAAGGUGUUCACCUUGCAGAAGAAUUCGAAUUUAGGAAAAGUUACGUUUUGGGAUGAGUUACGUUGCCAUAGGGAGAGCAUACCACGUGAAUGAGAGCAGUAUUCGCUGUAUCUAUGAUCUUGAUCUUGGUCUUGACGUCACAGGUGGCCUGGGAUUUCUCCCUUGGUCUUGGUUCGGGAGGUAGUUGUCCCUUUCAGUCCCAACUACAGCCUUUGAAACGGUGUACUCCCUGAGGGCCAACACCCUGAAAAUCAUAGUGUAAAAGAAAUUCUUGCCGCAGUAACUGCCAGUGCUCCAAGAGUGCUGCAAGAGUGGAGAUAAAGGCCGUCCUUUAACUAAGCCUCAUCGUUGCUAUGGUAACAGCGUCUCACUCGCAGCAAAAUGGCUUAUGCUGAUCUUCCUGGCGACGUUUAACAUGCAUUACUAGCUGUCCUGGCUGACGAACUCCUUACAACAGAAGAUGAAAAGGAAGCUGCAGUGGUUAUGGUGGCACAGAGAGGUGAAAUGCAAUGGAAACACUUACAUGUGUUUGUUUGGGCCGCCAUAUUUGCUGAUAACGUCUUCACAGCAUGAGGCGCUCCAUCUCUCAAAGCCGGGAGCCAGCAGACGUGCCGAUUUGGCUACUCAUGCUGCCACGUCACGCAUUUGAGAGCACUUGGGACGUUCCGAGAGUCCCGAUUCCCUCUCUCAAACACAGCCCAGGUGUGUUUCCAGGGGGGGGCACUAAUUUUAUACGGAUUUUCUAAUAGUACGGGGAUCCUGGGUCCCUAACCACCGUACUAUAUGAGGGACGACUGUAUUUAAUAAGGUUUAUGUUGUUCAGUGUUUUGCUUUAUCAGUUUGUAGAAGUUCAAAAAAGCCCCCCUACUUUCCACAGUAAGUUUGUGUGUCCUUUUUUUGUAACUUUUUCUCCACCUGUUUUCUGCAGGUGUCAAUGUACCUGUUAAAUGCAAUGUCUGUAUCAAGAUCAUCAAGACAUUUAAUGAGUGAGUUUUGUACUCUGUAAAUACUUGUGCAUGAUCAAAAAUGGGGAUAAAUAUACACCAGUUACAGCAAAUUGUUUAAAUAUCAUUCAGUCACACACAGACACAAAGUAUCAUCAAAACAAAUAUGAACAAUAUGUUAAAGAUUAGCUUUUAUCCAUAAAAGUGAACUUGAAAAAAACAACAGUAAUGGUAAUUGGAAAGGGCACUAAUCACAAGAUACAGUCAAGAAGAUGACCUUAUGGAUGUUGUGGAAGAGGAGUGGGAGUAAAUUAAAUUUUCUGUGGAAUGCAACAAACAGUGUCACCUGAGAUGUUCAGGACUAAGAGGUGUAAAUGGGGACAGAAUUUUCAGUGUCCACCUUGCAGAAGGGGAGGAAAUAAUAGAGGGGAAAGAGAGAGAGGACUGAUGACUAUGGGAGGGAGAAUAGAGAAAGUACAUGAGUUUUGUUGUCUGGAGAUGUGUUGGAUUGUGAGGCUGGAGUGGAGAGAGCAGUGAGAGCUAAAGUGUGGACUCCUGCCUGACUGAAUAGAGGUGGGUAAAAUGUAAACACGGGCCGCCAGGGAUGCCAACCGUAUCACUCACGCUAUGUACGUAAUUAUACCUAUAUAUUUACCAUUCAAUCAACCAUUUUAUUUGUUAUUAUACAUCAAAAAAUAUGUAUAAUCACACUAAUGUUUGUAAAAUGCUUCAAUUAUCAAGAUUUCCAUGUAGAUGUGUUUUCAGAAGCUACCAACCCAACCCAAAGUAACCCCCUAGGAAGGGAAGGGGUCAGUGUCAACUUAUAGUGCCCAACAGAAAAGGGGCACCAUGUAAGGGAAGGGGAAGGUGGUGGGGGGAGAUGUAUCGUACGGCCAUUUGUCGCUAAAGGGCAAGGGUGCAGGACGCACCAUGCCCCACAUUGUCACCAGAUUUGGUCUAGAAGUUCCCCAAUGCAUAUUUCUCACUGGUACUUCCACCAUCCUCCUUUCUUUUCCUUAUCUUUCCCUUGGAUGGUGUUA